UUUCACACUAAACCAAAUAAUAUUUGCAUUUUCCAAAAGAAGAAAAAAAAAUAUGAGCAACCAUAUCGAUUCUACCCCUAAACCGAUCCAAACCGAAGAAGAAGGAGAAACGCGUUUGCGUUCGGAAGCCCUCAAGAUCGCAAACGCAGCCGCAUUUCCCAUGGUUCUGAAAGCGGCCUUCGAGCUCGGUGUCAUUGACGCACUCUGGGCGGCCGGUGAAGACGCGUGGCUCUCACCCUCCGAGAUAGCGAGUGGGCUACGCACGAGACCCACCAAUCCACAUGCACCGUCGCUGUUGGACCGGAUGCUUCGGGUGCUUACAAGCUACUCGCUCGUCAAGUGCCGCACCGAUCUGACCGGCGAAAACGGUCGAACAGGAAGAACCGGGAGGGUUUACGCAGCCGAACCGGUUUGCCGGUUCUUUCUGAACGGUGGUGAUGGUGACUCGGGUUCCUUCGUCUCAUUGGCCAUGGUGCUCCAUAGCGAUGUCAUGUUGAAGUCUUGGCAGCAUCUGAAGGAUAUAAUACAAGAGGAAGGAAGAGAUGCAUUCAGCUCAGCUCAUGGAGUGAGACUGUUCGAGUACAUAGGGGCGGACGAGAGGUUCGGCCGACUGUUCAACCGGGCAAUGUCGGAAUCCACAGUCACGAUCCUGAAGAAGGUUCUAGAAGUUUACCGCGGUUUCGAAGAUUUGAGCGUUUUGGUCGAUGUGGGAGGAGGACAUGGCACCCUUUUGGGCAUGGUCACUUCGAAAUACCCCAAGAUCAACGGUAUUAAUUUCGAUUUAGCCGGUGUUCUAGCCCAUGCUCCCUCCUAUCCCGGGGUUGAGCAUGUGGUCGGUGAUAUGUUUGUUGAUGUUCCAAAAGGAGAUGCCAUUUUGAUGAAGUGGAUACUCCACGAUUGGACAGACGAAAAGUGUGUGAAGAUCCUGAAAAACUGUUGGAGAGCAUUGCCGGAAAAGGGCAAGGUGAUUCUGAUAGAGAUGGUGACUCCGGAGGAGCCGAGGGGUGGGGAUGUCCGCUCCAACAUCACCUUCGACUUCGACAUGUUGAUGCUCUCCCAAUGUUCCGGCGGUAAAGAAAGGACAAAGGCCGAGUUCCAAGACCUAGCCCUCGCUUCUGGUUUCACCCGCUGCCAUUUCAUGUCUUGUGCUUCUCCUUAUUGGGUUAUUGAAUUUCACAAAGCAGAAGCAACCCCUUGAAAAAAAUUUAUAUAUUAUAAUAUUAAUGAGCACUGUUUUUUUUGUAAAAUGGCCAUUUCAAGGUUUGGCUUGUUUAUUUUGGGCUUGGAUUUGAUUUGCUUUGUUGUAUCCGUUUGUUUUUUUUUUUAAUGAUUUUUAUAUUUGAUUCCGUUUGGUUUUUGUUUG